AUGACGUGGCUGACGGACUGGUUUGGGUUGUCACCCAACAAUGUUAACCGCUCCAUCAAGUUCACCACUUUCCUCUCCAAGCUCAUCGCGCUCUACGACACGUUAGCACAGGACCUCACCUUCAAGUACCAACUCCCUGGCAAGGACCUCGACACGCUCAUCUUCAUCACCAACAACGACAACCUCGAACACAUGAUGCACGAGUACGACUGCCGCUACCGCCUUAACUUUAAAACCAUCAGAAUGAGACUUUUCCUCUUCGCACUUUCCACAAAUUCUAAGUCUUCUUUCUCCUUCGAUUGCGACCUUGUCAAAACCUCUCCCCUUCCUCCUUCCAACAUUGAUUACCUCUUUGGCCUCGACAAGGUCGUUGCUCCUCCUCCCAUCGCGCAUUCCUUCGUCGACGUCAAGUUCCAUGAUCCUAUUUCGAAGCCCGUCGCGCCGUCGUUGGAGUAUCACCCCCGCGCUCCCGCUCUACCUUCGCCUCUCAUUUCCGAUCCCAACGUCAAUACACUCAAAAUUCACCAACAAGUAGAGCAUUAG